UCCGCCGCCCAGAGGGUUACCGCUCAAUCCUGCUUGUCGUGGUUUUGGUGGAAAUUCGUUGGACAGGGGAGUGCUUCCUGCGAACGACGGCAUGAGACUCAGGCGGUUACCACUUACUUCCGGUCAAGGUGUGCCUAUGGUGCAGGUGGCAAACUGCAAGGGAAGUGCACACAACCACAGUCUUCCACUGCUUGGGUAUUUAAACCCGGCCGGCCCUUGGGAGUCCAGUCUUUUUCCACCUCAUCAAUCAUCCCAUCAUUGGAUCAAUUUCACUUCCCGCCAACUCACCUCAAGCAUCGCCAUCACAAUCAUACACUUCAAUGCUGGCUUUCUUUGUUCCUCCACUCUCGUUCUUUUAAUGAAGCCUUUUCCCGAACUCCAACUGCCUCAAGGACAGAUCGACCUACCUCGCCCUUCACCAAAAACGUCUACACGACACUUGCUUUGGCCUCCCAUCAUCCAACUCACCCUUCUACCAUCGGAUGAAACGUCUACACUCAACAGCAAAACGGCCGGAAACAUUGACAUAAGGUCUUGUUCACUCAUCAUCCGUCUUUUCUUCGACCAGCGUGUACUCGAGCGGGACUACCACCAAGUUGCCUUCCAUCACGAUGCCCUGCAUGACCAUAACUUCGGGCGAACAACCGCGAGAUCCCCUAGGACGGAGCUUAGUGUGUGUUCGAAGAAGUGAAAGGGCAGGGAACGAAGAAACACCGCAGCCAGAAAAAGACGAACAAGAAGGAGAAAAAGAAGAAGGAGGAGGAGGAGGAGAGACAAGAGGAAAAUAUGGUGCAAGAUAACCAACCUCAACCGCAACCUCAACCGCAGCCUCAACCGCAACCUCAAGCGCAACAUAACUCCAACCGCCUCGACAUACCUGGCCGAUUCCUUCCCAUCAUUCCCAUCC